AUGGCGGUGUCCAUAGGACGGGGUCUGUCUGCUGAUGCUUGUUUAUUAAUAUUAACUUUAACAUUUCACCACAGUAAUGCCAAUAAUAUCGUCGCUGGUGCCUCGACCGAAGAAACCCCACACCGCCGGUUUGAAUACAAGUACAGUUUCAAGGGACCGCACCUGUCUCAAGCCGACGGGAGUAUUCCUUUUUGGGUGCAUAGUGGAAGUAAGUUUCAAUUUGUGGUUGGCUAGGCUAUUGCUUACCGUUAUCAAUUAUCAUAACCUAUAAAUAGGUACAAUGGAAAAUCAGCUGCGAUAGCUAUCUUGCCACUCUAGCCAGUGAAUGUAGCUAUUUUGCAUGUGGGGGAUACAUUUGACACGUUUGUUGUAGCUAGCCGGCUACUGCCAGUGCCUGAUGUAGAGAAGUUCUGUAGGUGGAUCAGAUCAUUGUUGUGUAGAGAAGUUCUCGACUGUGCAGACUUGGCUUGCUACAGUUGGCUGUCAGUAUCUAUACAUAGUGGCCUGAUAUCAAACUCGUUUAAACAUGUCAUGGCAGUGAAAUAGCCAGCAGCUUUAGGAUAUUUUAGAGAAGCAGGAGAAGAGAAAUGUGAAAGGUAUACACAUGCACCAUCAUGCAAUAUGCUGACAUCAUUAAACAGCUUCAGUUACCAAGUAACUACAUUGAAUACUACCUUGUCACAUUAAUUUACGUUUGUUCAUUUUAUCCAUUUAGCAGACUCUUAUCCAGAGCGACAUACAGUUAGUGCAUUCAUGUUAAGAUAGCAUACAGUUAGUGCAUUCAUGUUAAGAUAGCUAGGUGGGACAACCACAUCACAGGCAUAGUAACUACACGCUGACAUAUAAUAGUUCAGUUGGUUCCUUUCAACAAUACAGAGUCUUACAAACAAAGACACAAGGAUGACUUGCACAUAGACAGAUCAAACUGGAAUGUGAACUUUCCUCUUGCUAGUCCAAGUUUUGGCUUUCUCCUUGCAACACACAACCACACACAUGCUACAGCAGGCAGGUUUCACAAUACCUAAUAUUUGAGAGUGCUUUUGAAGUUCAUGAGCAUUGCAUUGCUUGCUUUAGGCUACCUUUCCUAUUGAAGUGGUCUGCUUGUCCUCUAGCCUAGCAUGGUUUUGUGUAGCGUAAAGGGUUAACAAAUCAGUAUCUCUAAAAACCGUGCAAAGGUCCAGCUGACGACACAACCAUAUUUUUGGAGUCAAUUUUACAAUGGUGCCCAUUUCUUAUCAGUAUAGGCUUUAGCGAGAUGGCAUGUCGCUCUACACAUGUUGUACAAUUGUAAUUUAGAAUUUGGUCACAGCAAAUAAGUAUAGGCAAAGGUCCAUAUGCCAAAGCCUGGUUGCGUUAGGCUAGUUGCUAUUACCCAUAUUUCUCCUUUCCAAGGCCAUAUCUCUCUUGGCUAGAUGAUAAAGCCUAACACGAGUGAGGUAGUUUAGAUAUAGCAUGGUCUUGUUUCUAGCCAUAAGCCUGACAAGCAUGGCUUGACAUUGCAUAGCUCUUCACAAGAGUCUCUAUGGUUGAGUGACCUCUACUGCAGCGUUAACAAUACUAGGCCUAUUCUAAUGUCUCUCCGUCGUUUGCAUAGGAGGCUUUCAGAUAUAAUAUUAAUGUUGCUGACAGAGGGCCUUGGACACAAUCCCAGGAGCACUCAUAUUAAGGUGUACAUGGGCUGAACAAACAUUUAUGUUCCUAACCCCAAGCUUUGUAAGAAAAUGAACCUCCUGGUCAAUUGUUUUCCCUGGGCCAAUAGGCUACUGUUUCUCCAUCUGUAGUUACACUAUACAGUUAAACAAGUAUUUCUGGACCUUCACGGAGUGAGUUUUCACAGUUUCUGUACAGUUUAAAUUCAGGAAACUCUUUGAAUUCAUGACAUGCGAAGCUCAAUAUUUUUGUACGUUAGGAUUUGCCAGUAUGACUUAAUUGAACAUAAACUAGAAUGUACCCCCCAACCCUGCUAACUAUCAACCUCCUUGUAUUCCAGAUGCCAUCCCCAGUGCCGACCAGGUCCGUAUCACCCCCUCUCUCAGGAGUCAGAAGGGCUCAGUCUGGACCAAAAACGCGGUCAACUUUGACCACUGGGAGGCUGAGGUGACCUUCCGUGUGUCUGGACGGGGGAGGAUGGGAGCCGACGGCCUGGUAAGAACUGAAUAACACCUCCUGAUUUCCAUACACUCUGACUCUUUCACUGCUGAGCUGUGCUGGCCUGGUUACAACUGUACCAUAGUUGCUGGAACCUCCUUUCUAUGGCUUCCAUUCACUUUGACUCUAGACCAGGGAUGGGCAACAUUGAUUGAUUAUAAUUAUUAUUAUGGGGUGGGGGCCACAAAAAAAAAACGUUUUAGCAAGCAGUGUAGCAAACAUUUUAGCGGCCCCCCAAAAGCAAAACAUUUUAGCGGCCCCCUCGACAGCGAAGUGAAAAAAAUACCUUUUUAAAGUUCAUUUCCUGCAAAUCUACACAUUUUGCCAUGGGGUGGAGAGAUACAUUUGCAGUUUUACAGAUCAUUUCCUGCAAUUCUACACAUUUUGCCAUAGGGUGGAGGCACGUUUGCGGUUUUUAAAAUGGUAACUGAUGAACGAUGGGCCACACCCCGGUCGGUAGUUCGACCAUGCUUAAUACAAGUUUAGAUAGCUGGCCGCUAGACUAACUUACCAAUCAAAAUGUUUUUUGCUGACAUGGGCUAAUUAAGUGACUGCUGAUCCACAACGAAAUCACCUUGUGUAUUCUAUUAUUCUAACUCUCAACAGUAAGUUGGUCCGAGGGGCCUACAAAAGUGCCCAUCCCUGCUCUAGACCUUUUCACACUACAUGCUGUAGCUGAUCAAGCUGUGCUUUACAGGCCUGGUUACGCAUCCACCUUUGUUGCUGGAACAAUGCUAGAAAGGACAAUGUGAAAAGAGCCAGUUAAAUAUCAGGGCCAGCACUAGGGCUGGACAGUAAUUGUGUAAAUGACGUUUAUGGAUGAAGACGUCAUGAACAUUUUAUAAUUGUAUCUUGAAUACAAACAAGAAAAGUAAACGUAAGCAUGGUUAAUUAAACAGCCGAUAUAAGGAAAGAUUAGUGGAGACAAAACUAGCCUAUAUCAUGGCGGCUGUUGUGCUAGUAGAGGAUGUGGUCUUGUGCUGACCUGCAGGCUCAGACUUCAGGUUAAUAACCAUGUUUAUCUCUCAAAGUCGGUCCUGUCCCUGUGUGACUCAGUUGGUGAGAGCGUGGUGCUAUUAACGCCAAGGUCGUGGGUUCAAUUCCUACAUUAUGCUUUCACUGUACUGUACAUCUUACUGUAUCUAUUGUCCCUAUGUUUAUCUGUCUGUCCCUCUGCUGCUCUACUGUUACAUGUAGUUAUUUAGACAGUUAAACACGUAUUUUUAGACCUUCAGUCUCUCCAUGUCUUAAUUUCUCCCUGUCUGUCCCUCUAAUAGGCGAUAUGGUUCACCACUGCACAAGGCCUAGAUGGUCCUGUCUAUGGAGCUGCUGACAACUGGAACGGCAUCGGCAUUUUCUUCGAUUCCUUUGACAACGAUGGGAAGGUUGGUGGCCAUAUUAAUUAUUUAUUCAUAAAAUACUAAAUAUAAUGCAUUUAUAAUAAAUGCAUUCAUUUAUUUUAUCAUAGGUAAAGCAAAAAGUUUAUAAUACUUGUUAUUAACACCUUAAUAUUCAAUUAUUACAAUGCAAAUAAUAGGAAGAAUAGAUUGAUACUGUACACACUUAUCUUGGAUACAAACAUUUUUUUCAUACUUUAAAGUGGUAUGCCUAGGUCUGAUGAGGACGUAUGCUGGGAUUGGAUAAAAGAAACCCAAAUGACCUUCAAAACAUAGAUUAGGUAUAUUACAGAUUUAAUGUUUAACUGUUUGUUUUAGAAAAAUAACCCUGCUGUGCUGGUGGUGGGAAACAAUGGCAAACUUGUUUAUGAUCACCCAAAGUAAGUCAACAUUUCCUUGCCUAACUGACAUCACCAAAUGAAAAUGUAAACAAUUUAAAGAAGAUUAGAAAAUAUGAUUAUACAGUAUAUUUGUGGUUGGAGAUUAUAAUCCUUAAUCUCUUCCUAAUCUCCCUUGACAGUGAAAAAUGUAAAUCGCUUUUCUGUGCCAGUUGAUCUAGGCCUAUGUCACACUGUUUUCUGUUUUGUCACUGCUGAAAAUGUUUACAAUAAUAGGAGUAAAUUACAUUUGAAAUGUUUUCCUUAAUUUCUCAAAUCUCCAAAUCAUUUACUUUUGGAAAUGUUAUUUGUUUGACCAUACUGUAUAUGGAGCAUUUUAUCCUCUGCACUUGCUUCUCGUGCUGCUAUCAUGCAUGUGUAUUUCAUACUUUAUAUGGAUCGACGUUUGCCUUUGUUCUUUUGUUAUUGUCGAUGCUUGUGGGGAUCAAUUCAUUUCUCUUGAAAUAUACUGUAUGAAGUACUACUACUAUAAUAAUAUAGUGUUUAGUUUUAGUGUCUAAACAGGAUGUUUUUUGUUGCAGUGAUGGCACGACUCAAGCGCUGGGGACAUGCUUAAGAGACUUUCGUAACAAACCCUAUCCUGUCAGAGCCAAAAUAACAUACUACAAGAAGACGCUAACGGUAGGAGAAUAUUCAAUCAACCUUCUCAAAUAAUCUCUCUCCCUUGUACUCAUCGAUACCACUGUCCAUACACUGAUCUCUGCCUUUUACUCUGUUUUUCUCCACAUCAACAGAGACAUGGAUACGGAACAGUUUUGCAUUAAGCAGACAAAAAUACCCUAAUCUUUUUAUAUUGGUCAUUUAUUUCAAUUGAUUGCCCUUAGUUGAUGUGCUGUUGUCUGUCCUCUCAGGUGUUGAUCAACAAUGGUUUCACUCCAGAUAAGGAUGACUAUGAGUUCUGUACCAAAGUGGACAACAUGAUCAUUCCUCAGGAGGGCUACCUUGGCAUCUCAGCUGCCACGGGAGGUCUAGCAGGUGGUUAUCUUGGUAACAGUUUACUUAAGGCCUGCAGGUGUAAUGCAUUAUAAUGUGGUUGUAAUGCAUUAUUAAACUUGCCAAAAGCAAGUUUGUCUUUCAAAUUAGAGUUUACUCUUCUAUAAACAUUGAUUAUACUGCUUAAAAUCUCACAUUAGGAUUAUUGUUGUCAGGCUACAUUUCAGCUAAACCUAGGGUAUGGCAAAGUGACAAGGAAGUCAUUUACUGCAUUUCUUCACAAUUUAAAAACUCUCAAAUGCAAUUUAAAGAACAGCAAAACAUUUAUGAAUUCACUCCAGGCAUUAUCACCUUGGCUAGUAUAGUUUCAUGUCAAGUCAAACAGCAUCUACCUAACCAUCUACAGCCAUCUUCCACCUCUGCACUGUUUUGAGAGAAAAGUUUAGCUGUUCACUGCAGAGCUCAGUCAAUGCGCUUUUCAUAGCCCUAAAGCCAGCAGGGAAAACAUCCUUCCCGCCCUGCUCAGAGCCGUCCGCAUUGUUCGAAAGCCAGCCCGCUAAUACCGCUAAACUGCAUUUGCUUUUUAAUCGGGAUUGGAAUGAUUUUUGUAGCCUAUUUUAAAUUGUUGGUGUUGAACUAGGGUAUGGCGACUGCCAUACCCAAUUGAUGCCCCUGCUUAACGUUACAUCAUGAUACAUUUAUUUUAAAAUCAUGUUUUAAUGCUUUUUUUUUGUAAAAUAAUUUGUUUGUAUAUAACCUUUGUCUUCCAGAUGACCAUGAUGUCCUGUCCUUCUUGACGUUCAGACUAACAGAACCUGGCCAAGAACUGGUAACUAGAUUUUCUUAGUUGUACCACUCAGAGCUAGUAACUAAUUUUAUUUUCUACCACUUGCACUCUCCAGUCCUUAGUUAUACCACUCUCCAGUAAUAUUUAAUUGGAAGAAGAUCUGAGUGAAAUUGUGAAUUGUGUGGGUUUCUUCAAUAGAUGUAUGAAAAAGUGUGAUGUAAGUAAGGGGCCUCAGUCUCUUCAGUGCGUGUUCAGAGUGGUUGUUUUGUCUGUCCCAUUGAAGCCCCCACCUGAAGCAGAGAUGCCCAAGGAGGAUCAGGACAAGUACCAGGAGGAAUUUGAGAACUUUCAGCAGGAGCUGGACAAAAAGAAAGAGGACUAUCAGAAAGAGCAUCCGGACGUCCAUAAAGAAACCAGUUAGUUUCACUCAAUAAAAUGUGUCAUACUUCAUACUCUCUUUACUUUUGCUAUACUUUUUAUAUUGAGACUAAUAUAUUUUUAUAUCCUUUAAUAUUGAUGUUAUUAUUCAAUAGUUUGGUCAAUUAAAUAUAAAUGUAACUAAAGAGAGUCGCACACUUUAUAAGCUCCCAGUAAUUUAUUGAGGAAAACACCAAAUUUUCGGCAUCAGUGCCUUCUUCAGGGUGAAGAAGGCACUGAUGCAGCCACCACUGAUGCCGAAAUGUGGUUUGCCCAAUAAAUUACUGAGAGCUUAUAUAUAUAUAUAUAUACAGUGGGGAGAACAAUUAUUUGAUACACUGCUGAUUUUGCAGGUUUUCCUACUUACAAAGCAUGUAGAGGUCUGUAAUUUUGAUCAUAGGUACACUUCAACUGUGAGAGACGGAAUCUAAAACAAAAAUCCAGAAAAUCACAUUGUAUGAUUUUUAAGUAAUUAAUUUGCAUUUUAUUGCAUGACAUAAGUAUGUGAUACAUCAGAAAAGCAGAACUUAAUAUUUGGUACAGAAACCUUUGUUUGCAAUUACAGAGAUCAUACGUUUCCUGUAGGUCUUGACCAGGUUUGCACACACUGCAGCAGGGAUUUUGGCUCACUCCUCCAUACAGACCUUCUCCAGAUCCUUCAGGUUUCGGGGAUGUCACUGGGCAAUAUGGACUUUCAGCUCCCUCCAAAGAUGUUCUAUUUUGUUCAGGUCUGGAGACUGGCUAGGCCACUCCAGGACCUUGAGAUGCUUCUUACGGAGCCACUCCUUAGUUGCCCUGGCUGUGUGUUUCGGGUCGUUGUCAUGCUGGAAGACCCAGCCACGACCCAUCUUCAAUACUCUUACUGAGGGAAGGAGGUUGUUGGCCAAGAUCUCGCGAUACAUGGCCCCAUCCAUCCUCCCCUCAAUACGGUGCAGUCGUCCUGUCCCCUUUGCAGAAAAGCAUCCCCAAGAAUGAUGUUUCCACCUCCAUGCUUCACGGUUGGGAUGGUGUUCUUGGGGUUGUACUCAUCCUUCUUCUUCCUCCAAACACGGCGAGUGUAGUUUAUACCAAAAAGCUCUAUUUUUGUCUCAUCAGACCACAUUACCUUCUCCCAUUCCUCCUCUGGAUCAUCCAGAUGGUCAUUGGCAAACUUCAGACGGGCCUGGAAAUGCGCUGGCUUGAGCAGGGGGACCUUGCAUUUGCUGCAGGAUUUUAAUCCAUGACGGCGUAGUGUGUUACUAAUGGUUUUCUUUGAGACUGUGGUCCCAGCUCUCUUCAGGUCAUUGACCAGGUCCUGCCGUGUAGUUCUGGGCUGAUCCCUCACCUUCCUCAUGAUCAUUGAUGCCCCACGAGGUGAGGUCUUGCAUGGAGCCCCAGACCGAGGGUGAUUGACCGUCAUCUUGAACUACUUCCAUUUUCUAAUAAUUGCGCCAACAGUUGUUGCCUUCUCACCAAGCUGCUUGCCUAUUGUCUUGUAGCCCACCCCAGCCUUGUGCAGGUCUACAAUUUUAUCCCUGAUGUCCUUACACAGCUCUCUGGUCUUGGCCAUUGUGGAGAGGUUGGAGUCUGUUUGAUUGAGUGUGUGGACAGGUGUCUUUUAUACAGGUAACGAGUUCAAACAGGUGCAGUUAAUACAGGUAAUGAGUGGAGAACAGGAGGGCUUCUUAAAGAAAAACUAACAGGUCUGUGAGAGCCGGAAUUCUUACUGGUUGGUAGGUGAUCAAAUACUUAUGUCAUGCAAUAAAAUGCAAAUGAAUUACUUAAAAAUCAUAUAAUGUGAUUUUCUGGAUUUUUGUUUUAGAUUCCGUCUCUCACAGUUGAAGUGUACCUAUGAUAAAAAUUACAGACCUCUACAUGCUUUGUAAGUAGGAAAACCUGCAAAAUUGGCAGUGUCUCAAAUACUUGUUCUCCCCACUGUAUAUAGUGUGUGCAACUCUUUAUUUAUCUUUAUAGCCUACAGUUUACUUGCAGUUAGUCAGCACCUCUACUUUUUUGGGGGGCUGGGUGCCAGUUCAUACUUUUCACUAGACAAUUAAAUAUAAAUAACAUAUAUAUGGCUGCUUUGUACGUACUAGAUGCUAGGCUGUCUAGAUGCUAAUACUUGAUGCAACAGGUGUGUCCUGUUCUGUGUAGUUGAGGACAUGUACGAGAGUGUCAACGACAGGGAGAUCCGCCAGGUGUUUGAGGGUCAGAACCGGAUCCACCUGGAGAUCAAACAGCUUCACCGUCAGCUGGCGAUGAUCCUCGACGAACAGCGCCGCUAUGUCUCUGUGGUUACAGACGAGAUCUCCAAACGCCAAGGGGAGUCGGGAGGACAGGUGGGACAGGUAGGAAGUUUAUGAGUAUAGACUUACAUUCGCUCACACGCGCGCACAAACAUUUACAUUACACACACAAUUGCAACUACCUACUUCCUUGUGUAGGCCUCUAAAUAUGGUGCUCUGACAGAAGCCUUGCAUCGAAGACGGAAGGUGUCAUUCAUAAAUCCACUGCUGACUAUGCCACUAACCUCAGCCUUUUACUCUGUUUUGUUCACCUCAGUAGAGGCAUUGACAUUGCUUGACUUGUUGUGUGCUGGUACUGUUUAUAUUUAGGUGCAAGAUCUCAAACACUUUUGAGCGAAUAUUAUAUAAGAGGUGCAGGAACUCGAGUAAUAAAAAUGUUGAGGUGCUGGUACUCGGCUCCUGUUAGCUCCUGCCCAAGGCAAGCACUGGCCAUGGUCAUACAGUGCCUUCAGAAAGUAUUCACACCCCUCGACUUUUUCCAAAUUUUGUUGUUACAAAGUGGGAUUUAAAAUUGAUUUAAUUGUAGUUUUUGGUUCAUGAUCUACACAAAAUUCUCUAAUGUAAAAGUGGAGAAAAAAUAUCUAACGUUUCUAAAAAAUAUGAAUGAAAAAUAAAACACUAAGAUAUGUAUUUUGAUUUAUAUAAGUAGUGAACCCCCUGAGUCAAUACAUGUUAGAAUCACCUUUGGCAGCAAUUACAGAUGUGACUCUUUCUGGGUAAGUAUCAAAGAGCUUUCCACACCUGGAUUGUACAACAUUUUCCCAUUAUUAUUUUCAAAAUUCUUCAAGCUCAGUCAAAUUGGUUGUUGAUCAUUCCCAGACAACCAUUUUCAGGUCUUGCGAUAGAUUUUCAAGCAGAUUGAAGUCAACUUUAAGUCAAAAGAUUUGGCCUUGCUUAGGUUUUGGCCUGUGCUUAGGUCAUGAUGCAGCCACCACUAUGCUUGAAAAUAUGGAGAGUGGUACACAUUAAUGUGUUAUAUUGGAUUUGCCCCAAACAUAACACUUUGUAUUCAGGACAAAAAGUGCAUUGCUUUGCCACAUUUUUUGCAGUAUUACUUUAGUGCCUUGUUGCAAACAGGAUGCAUGUUUUGGAAUAUUUUUAUUCUGUACAGGAUCCCUUCUUUUCACUCUGUCAAUUAGGUUAGUAUUGUGGAGUAUCUACAAUGUUGUUGAUCCAUCCUUAAUUUUCUCCUAUCACAUUAAACUCCAACUGUUUUAAAGUCACCAUUGGCCUCAUGGUGAAAUCCCUGAGCAGUGUCCUUCCUCUCUGGCAACUGAGUUAGGAAGGACGCCUGUAUCUUUGUAGUGACUGGGUGUAUUGAUACAUCAUCCAAAGUGUAAUUAACAACUUUUUCACCAUGCCCAAAGGGAUAUUCAAUGUCUUUUUUUUUUUACCCAUCUACCAGUAGGUAGCCUUCUUUGAAAGGCAUUGGAAACCUCCCUGGUGUUAGUGGUUGAAUCUGUGAUUUGAAAUUCACUGCUCAACUGAGGGACUUUACAGAUAAUUGUAUGUGUGGGGUACAGAGAUUAACUAUAAAAACUAUAAUUGCACACAGUGAGUCCAUGCAACUUAUUUAGUGACUUGUUAAGCACAUUUUUACUCCUGAACUUAUUUAGGCUUGCAAUAACAAAGGGGAUGAAUAGUUGACUCAAGACAUUUCAGCUUUUCAUUUUUAAUUAAUUUGUAAAAACAUAAUUCUACUUUGACAUUUAUGGGGUAUUCUGUGUGUGUGUGUGUGUGUGUGUGUGUGUGUGUGUAGGCCAGUGACAAAACAUCACAAUUUAAUUAAUUUAACAAUUUCAUCCAUUUAAAAUUCAUGCUUUAAUACAACAAAGUCAAGGGGUAUGAAUAUUUUCUGAAGGCACUGUAUGUAUACCAGUUUUAUUACUAAAAAGGUGAAGCCUUUACUCAAACUUGUUUCAGUAAUUUACCCUUAGGUAUGAUAACUUUAUUAAUUGAAUUGUUUGAUAUAUCUUCUUUAGGCUCCUAGUAAAGAGAUGGGUGCAGUGGUCGCAACACAACAGGAGAUACUGAGUAACCUGAACGAGUUG